GAAAACAAACACACCCAAUAGCUUGGAGAAAAAGGCGGCUGAGAGUGGGCAUUAAAGCGUAAUUAGGACAAAAAGUAGCAGGGGCUAAUGAAUGAUAGUAGUAAGAGGAGAAGGUACUAGCAUUUACUACUAGCAUAUUGUUCUGCUUACAUUUUUUGGGGAAAUCCUGAAAGAGGGCCCGGAAAAUAAAAAUGGCUGGCAGGUUUCUGCGGCGCGCCACAAUGAAGCUGUUAGUGGCGAGCACCGCCCUUGGUGGCGGAGCCGCGGCGGCCACAAUUGCUAGCUCGGAUGACCCAGCCAUGGCCCUCAAGCUCUGCACAAUUGUCCCGACCCGCCUCUUUCGCGAUUCCGUCACCGCUGCCUCCAUUGCCUUCGAUUAUGAAUAUUCACUCUGGGGACUGCCAGAAGCUAGCGCAGAGAGAGCAAAAGUCAAACAUGAAGUUCACAUGAGGGGUGCACGCAAGCUCGAAGAACUUUGUUUCAGAAAUGGUGGAAUUUACAUUAAGCUUGGUCAACAUUUAGGACAGCUGGAGUACUUAGUACCUGAAGAGUAUGUUCGUAUUAUGAGGGAAUCCAUGUUAAAUAGAUGUCCUCAUUCAUCUUAUGAUCAAGUGCAUGAAGUUGUCAAAAAAGAGCUUGGAGGUGCACCUGAUGAAAUCUUUGAUGAAUUUGAUCCCGUACCAAUAGCAAGUGCUUCUCUUGCUCAAGUCCAUAUUGCCCGAACGCAUGAUGGGCAAAAAGUUGCUGUCAAGGUUCAGCACACACACAUGACAGAUACUGCUGCAGCAGAUUAUGCGACAGUGGAGUUGAUAGUAAACACAUUGCAUGGAUUUUUUCCUUCCUUUGAUUACAGGUGGUUGGUUGCUGAAGUUCGUGAAAGUAUACCUAAGGAACUAGAUUUUUUGGUUGAGGCCCAAAACAGCGUAAAAUGUAUGGAUAACUUUCGGAAGCUAUCUCCUCGUAUUGCAGACUAUGUUUAUGCCCCAAGGGUAUAUUGGAAUUUAAGCACAUCAAAGCUGUUAACCAUGGAAUAUAUGGAGGCUACGCAAGUAAAUGACUUGAAGGGCAUCCAAAGACUUGGAAUUCAGCCAAGUGAUGUUGUAAAGUUGGUUAGUGAGACGUUUGCCGAAAUGAUGUUCAAACAUGGUUUUGUGCAUUGUGAUCCACAUGCUGCAAACUUGCUAGUCCGCCCUUUACCUACUGGUCGUAGGAGCAUUUUUGGAAGGAGAAAACCUCAGUUGAUACUGUUGGACCAUGGUUUAUACAAAGAACUUGAUUACAACACCAGAAUAAACUAUGCUUCUCUGUGGAAGGCUUUGGUAUAUUCUGAUGCAAACGGAAUAAAGGAAAACUGUGUAAAACUGGGUGCUGGAGACGAUCUUUAUGCAGUGUUUGCUGGGAUUCUCACAAUGAGGCCUUGGAAUAAAGUGAUAGAUCCUUCAGUUGAUCAUCUUGUUGUCAAAGGCACGGACGGUGACCGUUCAGAACUGCAGAUGUAUGCUUCCCAAUAUUUUCCACAAAUCACUGAACUUCUGAGGAGAUUGCCCCGGGUUAUUCUUCUAAUGCUCAAGACAAAUGACUGCUUACGAGCAGUUAAUGGGUCAUUGAUUCAAGGGCCUUCUCUUGACUCAUUCUUGAUCAUUGGAAGGGUUUCAUCUGAAGCCGUCCUUGAGUCUAUGUUGUCGCAAAAGACAUUCUUGUUAUCUUGGAUCAAUUUUUGGGUACAGAAGAUUUUGUUGGAAGGCCGGCUUUGCGUAAUGCAUAUAGCAGUGUGGCUUUUGCAACUUAAGAAAGCCUUGACAUUGUGAAAGCAAGUAUACUUCCAAUUUUUUUGGAUGUCCCAAAAUGGACGGACAUAGUGAAAGCAACUAACAAUCAGGUGAUUUUAAAUUUGGAAUUUUGUUAAAACUUUAGAAGUUGGAUGCAUCGAUUUUUUUUUUUCCCGCAACUCACCGUGUCAGCCCGAUCUCUCGUUGUGGCAGAGCCUGGAAGAUCACAAUUCUUUUGUAAUAAGCUACGUUUACAUUUUUUUAGCAGAAUAAUUUUUUUAGAGGAGGCAAUGGAAGCAAAAAAUGAUGAGUCGGACGAGUGCUUCUGGUUGUAAAAUCCUUUAGGAUACUCCUAAGAUGAGGAUAUUUAUUGGGGGAUAUUAUGGUAAGUUGGCUAAGAAAUGUGCAAUUUCUUUUAUGACAGACUUCAGCUCUCACGAUGAUAACUUUUGGAGGACCACUGCUUUUGAUAUUUGUACCCUCACGAUUGGAUUACAAACUUCUAAUCCCUGUGCCAAAUUUUAGUAUAUUAGGGGUUGACAUUUGCUUGAA